UGAGGAGGCGCCGACGCCGACGCCGCCGACGCUGGGCCGCUCCGGGGUGCGCCCCUCAGGGGGUGUGAGGAGAGGCCGGGCCCUCCCGCAGGAGAGAGCCCUGACUCAGGUUGAGCCCGGCUUGCAGCAAACGUCGUGCAAUAUACAGAAAUAAGUGAGUCCGUUCUAUCUAGAGGAGGUUUAUUUAAGCUUCAAGUCAUCAUGUCUAAAGGAUGCCGGGUGCUAUUAUUGUGACGGCUGCUUUUUCCUCGGUUUUGACUAUGACUCAGGUCUCUCUCUGGCUGCUGGAGAAGAAAACUGGUGUGUAAAAACAUGGAAGUCCUCUCCCUGCCAAACGCUGGACCGUGACGACAUGGUUUGCUAGCUGUGGGAAGGAGCGCCCCGCUUCCACAAUGCCUGUGCAGGCAGCUCAGUGGACGGAAUUCCUGUCCUGUCCAAUCUGCUACAACGAGUUUGACGAGAACGUGCACAAGCCCAUCAGCUUAGGCUGCUCCCAUACAGUCUGCAAGACCUGCCUGAAUAAGUUGCACCGCAAGGCCUGCCCUUUCGACCAGACAGCCAUCAACACCGACAUCGACGUGCUUCCUGUCAACUUUGCACUUCUCCAGCUAGUUGGAGCCCAGGUACCUGAUCACCAGACCGUCAAACUAAGUAACCUAGGAGAGAACAAACACUACGAGGUGGCAAAGAAAUGCGUCGAAGAUCUGGCCCUUUAUUUAAAGCCGCUAAGUGGAGGCAAAGGUGUCGCCAGUUUGAAUCAGAGCGCGCUGAGCCGGCCUAUGCAACGGAAGCUGGUGACUCUGGUGAACUGUCAGCUGGUAGAAGAGGAGGGCCGGGUCAGGGCCAUGCGGGCGGCCCGCUCCCUCGGGGAGAGGACCGUGACCGAGCUGAUCUUGCAGCACCAGAACCCUCAGCAGCUGUCUGCCAACCUCUGGGCAGCUGUCCGGGCCCGUGGGUGCCAGUUCCUGGGGCCAGCUAUGCAGGAAGAGGCAUUGAAACUGGUGCUGCUGGCCUUGGAAGAUGGCUCUGCCCUCUCCAGGAAGGUCUUGGUGCUUUUCGUCGUCCAGAGACUGGAGCCAAGAUUUCCUCAGGCUUCCAAAACCAGUAUUGGGCAUGUGGUGCAGCUGCUGUAUCGAGCGUCUUGCUUCAAGGUCACCAAACGGGAUGAAGAUUCCUCCCUGAUGCAGCUGAAGGAGGAAUUUCGCAGCUACGAAGCCUUGCGGAGGGAACACGACGCUCAGAUUGUCCACAUCGCCAUGGAAGCUGGACUUCGGAUAUCUCCAGAGCAGUGGUCUUCCCUCCUUUACGGCGACUUGGCCCACAAAUCCCACAUGCAGUCCAUCAUCGACAAGCUUCAGUCUCCGGAAUCCUUUGCAAAAAGUGUGCAGGAAUUGACUAUUGUUUUGCAACGAACAGGUGACCCUGCCAAUUUAAACAGGCUUCGCCCCCAUUUGGAGCUCUUGGCCAACAUAGACCCUAAUCCAGAUGCAGCAUCUCCGACGUGGGAACAGCUGGAAAACGCCAUGGUGGCUGUCAAGACGGUCGUCCACGGCCUGGUGGACUUCAUUCAGAACUACAGUAGGAAAGGCCACGAAACGCCACAGCCGCAACCAAACAGCAAGUACAAAACGAGCAUGUGCCGUGACCUGCGACAGCAAGGUGGGUGCCCGCGAGGGACCAACUGCACGUUUGCUCACUCCCAGGAGGAGCUGGAGAAGUAUCGGCUGAGGAACAAGAAGAUCAGUGCCACUGUGAGGACCUUCCCUCUGCUAGGCAAAGCCAGCGUCACGAGCACCAUCUCCACCCCGGCAGGAAACGUCAUUUCCAUCAUCGGAAGCGCUGAGGCGGCUGGGAAGAUGGCGCCCAGCACCAACGGGAUCUCGAGCCUGGAGAGCGGGGUCCCCCAGCUGAUCCCCCGUGGUGCGGAUGCCUCUUCCUUACGGACUCUGGAGAACGUGAAGAAAGUGGGGAAAGCAGGGACCAACGGUCAGAACGCCUCCGGCCCCUCGACAGACCCUCUGCCUGAAAAUAAAAUUGGUUCGCCUCCGAAGACUCCUGUCAGCCAGGCAACAGCUACCUCAGCAGGCCCUCCUCCCCCUCCGCCUCUUCCUCCCGUUGGCACAGAGAUGACCUCCGUUGCCCCCAAAUCCAGCCCUUUCGCCGCCAGAGUACCCGUCUACCCGCCGCAUUCCGACAACCUUCAGUAUUUCCAAGAUCCCCGGGCCCAUCUCUCCUACGAAGCCCCACAGUACCCGCAAGCAGGAUACUACCCCCCGCCGCCACCGCCACCGCCACCAGUCCCGGCCGGUGUGGCUCCCUGCCUCCCUCGCUUCGUAAGGUCCAGCAACGUUCCGGAAGCUCCCCUCCCGCCCGCCUCUGUGCCAUACGGCGACCAUUACAGCGCAUUCCCCCCUCGGGACAGGCUGAGUUCUCCUUACCAGCAGCCACCGCCGCAGCCAUACGGGCCGGUCCCCCCUGUUCCCUCCGGGAUGUACGCCCCGGUGUAUGACAGCCGGCGAAUCUGGCGGCCGCAGAUGUACCCGAGGGAUGACAUCAUCAGGAGUAACUCAUUACCUCCCAUGGAUGUCGUGCAUCCCUCCGUCUAUCAGACUUUUCUGCGGGAGAGGUACAACUCCUUGGACAGCUACUAUUCCAUGGCCUGCCAGCUGCCGGCAGACCAGAAGACGGUGCCUUUGUCAAGGGAGCCUUGCAGCCACGUGAAGGCCGCUCACGACGACCCGCUGAGAAGGAAGCCGGAGCAAUGGGCUCCAUGCCACACGCAGAAAGCACCUCUCAUGCCACCCUCUGCACUUCCCGGAGCCACGCAGUCUCCGCCACCACCUUCCCCUCUCUUCAGCGUGGACUUCAGCACAGAGUUCUGCGAGAGCCCGAGGGACUUGGGCAGCGGCAAGUACGAGGACGACCGGCUCUCUCACUACUCGCCCUGGUCCUGCGGCACCAUCAGCUCCUGCAUCAGCGCCAUCGAGUCGGAGCCCAAGGACGUCCUUGCCAAUUCCGGCACGGUGCUCCUGGAUUUGGACAGCGGGGACAUGAAACGGCGGGUGCAUCUCUUUGAAAUGCAAAGACGGGCGAAGGAGGAAGACCCCAUUAUCCCAUUUGGCGACGGGCCCAUCAUCUCCAAAUGGGGUGCCAUCUCCCGGUCCUCGCGCACGGGGUACCACACCACGGACCCGAUCCAAGCCACUGCUUCCCAAGGAAGUGCUACGAAGCCAAUCAGCAUGUCAGAUUAUAUCCCUUACGUCAGCACCGUUGAUUCCAGGUGGAGUUCCUACAGUUCGGAUUCGACACCCUCAGCGCCUUUCAUGGAACGGGACCGGUUUAUCGUUACUGACGUAUCUGCUCCCAGAAAGCAUUCUAGCGCCAGAGAUCUACUGAGCAUAGAACUGCAGCAGGCCAAAAGUAACUCAUUGCUGCUUCAGAGAGAGGCAAACGCGCUCGCCACACAGCAGAAAUGGAGCUCCUUGAAUGAAGGCAGCCACCUCAGCUUAAACCUCUUAAGCAAAGAAAUCGAUCUGAGGAAUGGCGAGGCAGACUAUACCGAGGAUGGUGCAGACCCAAAGCCGGAUCGAGACAUUGAAUUGGAACUUUCAGCCCUUGAUGCUGAUGAGCCUGAUGGGCAGGGAGAGCAAAUUGAAGAAAUUCUGGGCCUGCAGCUUGGGAUUGGCGAACGAGACGAUCAUCUCUUCAACGGGUCUCCCCUGGAGAACGGCCAUCCUCUGGAGCAUCCCCAGAAGGACCCCAGGCAGCAGAAGAGACCCAGCUUAGGUGAAGACCUUGCUAUUCUGGAGAAGCAGAAAAUAGUCCUGCCAGUGACUUCCUGCUUCAGCCAGCCAAUUGCGUCCUCCGUGAGCAACACAACCUCCCUGCCCAUCACAACCUCUGCCAAUACGGGCAGCCUCGUCCUCAAACCAGCUCACGUCAUGGUGGAAGGGAAAAGCGACUUUUUGAGGCCAGUUGUCAAUGGCAAGAUGGUGAACAGCUGAGAGGUGUUCUGCUUUUGAGCUUAUGACCAUGCUAAGGAAGCAUUUACAGUUGAUAUGUGUGUAUUUUUUUUUAAAAAAAGAAAAUACUAUUGGGGUCAUUUGUAAGACAUCCAUGUUAGCAUUCUGGCUAAGGAAAGGAAAAACAACACCAGUUGUGCUAGUCUUUAGGAGGUGUUCAUUUUCCACAAGUGGUUUGGAAUCUGGACAUGGUUUUGUUUAAGCUUAAAAUCAGCUUUUUACAAUGAGCUUGUAGGGGUGACAGCUGAGCCAUUCUUGUUCUGCGAUGGCUUCUCUGGGAAAAUGUACAAGUUUUUGGAGCCAGCCGAUCCUUGGGUGAUGUGACUCACGGAAGUAAGACUAACUUGCUUUGCCUUGUCUUCGUUUCAUGAGAGAGGAAUUUGCAUCUGGUUGCAGUUGCUUGUUCCUUCAGCUGUGGAACUUUGCAUGAAAUAGCGUGUGUGAGAAAGAGAGGGGCCGGGGAUCUCCUUAACGUAUGUUUUUUAAUUCAGGGUUGAGACGCGUCCUUUUUCCCUUCGUUUUUGGCUUUGCGCUGCUGCAUUAUAUGCAGCAGGGCGUCACUUGCCUCUUCCCCUCUGUUCAGCCCCACCCUCUUCCGCUUUAGAACUUGAUAUUUCCAUAUAUCGAGUGACUUGCCUGUGUGCAAAUUCUAGAUUGCAAAACCAAGUGCCUGCGUCUUUCCGCUUACGUACUCGGUCCUUAAUUGCUCCAAGUUGUAAGUAGAAUCACUAUGUUCCUUUUCGACGACACAAUGCACUCAUUCUGAGGGUGCUGAGUCGUGGGUCCCUCGACAGAAUCCCCAGGUGCCCGGAGCUUCACUAAUUAUUCCCUGCGAAAAGCUAUAUUGUCUGUCGUGUUUGCACUGACUAACAUCACAGUAUUGCUAUUGCUGUACUUUUAAAUAAUAAUAAUAAUUGAUUAGCAGUUCUUUAGACACCCAUGACGUUGCAUUGGUUAUCGUAUUACUGAGAAUUUAGUAUUUAGGUUUAUUACUAAUUAACUCUGACAAGCCCUUGAACACUUAUUAAUAAUAGAGCUUUAGUUGAGCUUGUCCAGAGCAAUGAAUAAAUAUGUCCUCUUUAAGAUGUGAUUUAAAAAAUACUUACAGUAGGGAACCAUCUGCUAAAAUAAGAAUACCUUCCCCAGUAAGCUAGCAUUUUAUCCGUCUUUUCUUUUUCUUUCUGGCAAGAUAACUUCUCAUUUCUUGUCAUCUGUGUCUUUUUAUGUGUUUUGGGAUUUUAUUUUAUUUUUUAGUUUUUGGUUUGUUUUACAUUUCUCUCUCUCCUUUUUUUAAGUGUUUGUUAAUUAACUUCUGUGAAGUUGUUUACUCUGAAAAUUGUACUGGAAUAUUUUAGCCAAGCAGCACUUUCUCCAGGGUGUACUGUACACAAGGGCUCGACCUGCUUGCAAAUGGCUUUAAAAGAAAACAAAAAGACGAUCAUGUUACUGGCGAAACAGAGCUGUUAACAUCCAGGUUGCUGCUCUGUGUGUGGGAUCGGCCCUUUUUUCUUUCCUUUUUUUAAUAUAACUAUCUUGUGCACACUUCAGGGGCGAGAAAGCAGAGACAGGCUUUUCUCUGAGGGUUACAGAUCUAACGUGGAUCAAUUUUUUAAAAUCUCUCUCCUGACUUUAAAAGGUCAUGACAAAAAAUUAUGUUGUAAAUAUUUAACUGAAAAAUCCACGGAUUGGCUUGUUUUGGUCAUUUCAGCAAUGUUGCGAGAGAUUUUGCCCGCUUGUUUAAUACUAAGGUGCAAAGAGCUGUUUAUGAUGCUGGGAGUCAAAUCCCUUCUCUUAAUUUCCUGUGACUAUUUCUCAUUCUCCCAUUGCCACCUCCACUACUGCAGUAAAGACAAACGAGGCAGCUGGAAAUUCAGAUUUUUAAAGUACCUGUACAUUUUAACUCGUGACUGUUAUGUUGAUGUGGAAUAUGCAGCUGUCAAUAUGCAGCUCUUGUGCUCUCAGUCUAGCUGGGCAAUUCUGUAUAUAUGAAAUUAUACAUUACAUUUGAAAUGCUUCCAAAAAGUUUCUUUUGUGCUCCAUGUAACUUCAAAUAUAGGUAGAUAUAGGUAUAUAUGCAAAACGAUCUCUCUUUUACAUGGAUAUUUAAACAGUGAGAUCUUCCAUGUCGAAGGGGAUGUAAUUUUUCUUAGGAAGAAAAAAACUAAUUGCUAUUUUGUUACAAAAAUAGGAAAAAAAUAGAGAGGUUUGAGAGAGCCUUAUUUUUGCCCUCAGGGAAACAGCCUCUCUGUUAAGCAGAACGCCGCCAGGCAUCUUCAGUACAACCUGAGGGUGAAUAUAUAAGACCUAAACAGAUCUUGUGUGUUUGACUUUUAGCUUCUUGGUUUUAAAAAUGCGAGUUUUUCUUUUUUUAAGACCUUGGUUAUGCUCUGCUGGAGGAAGGGGCUCAAAAAUAAUAAUAAAGUGUUUACAGAACUUUGUCCACUUGUUCAGUGGCCUGCUGUUCAAAAGCCCAUUUCUGCUGUCCUUUUACCAGCUUGUCUCAGAAUGAUCUCCUUUUUCCUUUAUUUGCCGGAGGGCUCCCAUAGUACGGUGGCUUUGUAGAAAGGGCCACACAUUUCACAGGAAGAGUCUCUUCUGGAGCUCUGCUUCGAGACAGAGAAUGGCAGAACCAAGAAACCAGCUGAACUUUAAAACUCUGUGCCAUCGUUCUCUCCAAGCUUCAUGCUGCUGCCGUGUAACGGCCGUCCUCCCGGCUCGGUGUUGCAUUUGACAAAAUCUGAUCUCCGGAAACUGCACAAACCGGUUUGCCUGUGUGUCUGGAUGCAGAGCGGUGAACUUAGGGCAGCCAAAGGGAUCAUUACUAGAGCUCUGACUUUAGAAAACUAGGUCUGCCAAGGGGAGGGCAGCUCCUCACUGAGGAGGUGGCAUUACUAAAGAUAAAUGCAAAAAAAGAUUCUGCACAACACACGCAUACAAUUACGCCAUCAAAAAAUCUUUAAAUUAGGAUUCCUGGCAACAUGGAAACCCCCUCCGCCCGCCUCAACCAGUCCUUUUGACUCAGUGCUUCAGAUCUGGAAUCAAAUACUGAGCUAGGUAUUAAUGCAAGCUUUAGUUGAUGCUGUUUGUAGAAGAGCAGAGUAGUGGAGUACUCCUCACUUGGAGUAGUGAGGAAGGGUCGCAGUCUGGCCUGUGUCCUGGGGGAGUAUAUCAGAAUCGUGAAGGAAGAGGUUUGGCCCGGCCCUUUGCUGCCAUGCUGGUGCGUAAUGGACACUUUUGCCUGGUGGUGCCUCGUCCUGGCCGAUGGUCUCCAUUAUCCAUCAGAUGUGAGAAACCCAGCUGAGCACCGUUGUCCAUGCUGGCCUUGGUGGUCCUGUCCUUUGCUGGAUGCAUUGUUUUCAAAGAAGGGCAACUGACGGCUGAGUCUGGGGGGGAGCACAAAGAACUGUGCAUGGCAAAGUAGUCUAGAUAGUGUGCUUGUAAUCUUUUUUUUUUUUAAAGAAAGAAACCCAGGCCUGUUGUUAUAAAUAUUGUCUUUAUCUGUAAACAACAAUUACAGAACUCCACACACCUUAGCUGUGUCCGGGAUGGCGGUGCUCACUGGGUUUUUCAUGCGGAAGGAAGAGAAGAUAUUGCUGGUAGUUCUGUGGUCCGAUUUUGUGAGCGGAUAUCUUUUCCCCAAUAUUUAUUACGCUGUCCUACUUUGCAAAGGUUAAAUCUGAGUGCGUGCUCCCCGCAGAAAGAUUUUAAAAGGACACUCACUAUCUGUGGUAUAUAUUUGUUUUCAAGCUUCCUAUAUUUAGGAAGUUCCUCUAAAUUUAGGGACUGGACUUGCAAAUAAGGAACACAAUAAGAGAUGGGCAGGGCAUGGUUGUGGGGGUGGAGUCGUUUUCCCCAGUCUGAGCAUCUGGCGGCCACUUCCUUGAUGCUGCGGAGAGUCACAGUGCAGUGCUUUGCUGGCAAAGUGGUACAUUCAGGACUCAACACUCCGUACGAUAAGGGGAUGGCUAAAAUGGGGUGAGGCAAAAUUGCUGAACAAUCUCCCCCCACCGCCCCCACCUGCAGUGAAAAAGUAAAAAAAUAAUUAUUAUUAUUAUCCGCACACAACAUGCUUUUGUAAAGCUUUUAAUGGACACUUUAUAUACUUGACAGAGUUUGAAAUUAAAUGAAUUCUGGCUGCAUUUAUAAGUGCCAGAAAACAGGGCAAAGUAUAUUUGCACAGACCCCCCCCCAUCCACAUUUACCCAGAGUAAUCCUCGGUUAUUUAGUCCAAGGCAUGGGAAUGCAUGCAUUUUCCUUUUUUGGGCAGACAAAUACAUUAUACUGUAGUUGUGAUACAACAUGCGUGGCUUUUCUUUGUACUGCACACACCCACUGUACAGCCACUCCGGAGUAUUGUGGUUUAGCUUGCAGUAUCUGCUAUUUGCAUUUAUACUGUAUACUGCAUAUUCUUUUCCCUGGAAGUUUAAAAGGAAAAAAAAUACCACUUUUUUCUUGUUGAGUUGAUUAACAUUUUAUAAACUUGCUUAGCCUAGAAAGUUUGGGAAAAGAGGCCUGUUUGUCAAUUGUACAACCGAUUGUGAAGCUCAAGUGUGAAUAUUUUUACGUCUGUAUUAGACAUUUUCUUUGCAAAUCUAUUGUUCGAUUGAAAUGUAAAUGAGAUAAAAGAUGGUGUACACCCAUCAUGUAUAAUAAAGCAGACACCAUCGCUAUGAUGGAUUUAAUGCUCAUUUUUAAUGGUGCAUUCUCAGCUUCUAUUUAAAAAAUAUAAUUUAAAAAAUCUGUAAAAUGAAAUGGAUAUAUUUCAGGGUGGGUGGGAUGAAUUCUAUUCCAUUUAGUUCCGUUUAAAAUUUCCAGAUUGUAUUGUUUUUCCCUUUUGUGUUAUAGGAAUAGGAUUUACAUGGGAAAGCUUAGACCGUACGGUCUGUAUUUUUUGGGGUGGGGCGGUUUGAGGGAUGGGGUUGGCCUUGUGAUUUAGCCUGGAAUAGCAGAGUGAAUUCUGUGUGUGUGUGCGUAUGUGUGUGUGUUUGCUGUAGCACUGAAGUGAAGAGAUAAAUUAGUUUUGGGGCUGGUCACAGACUUUAGCGAAUCGUGGUUUUUCAGUGUUUGAGGGAGAAUUAAUACAAAAAAAAGUUUGCAGUACUUGACAUGUAUUUGCAUGCCGUAAAAUAAAAAAAAUGUCCACCUUAA